CCCAUGGAGACCCGCCGCUCGGCGGCGCGGAAGCCCAGGAGAGGAGCCAGCCGGGAGGCGAGAACAGAGCCGCCCCCAGAGAUGGCUGCAAAGGCCCUGAACACCCUGGCACAAAACAUAACUAAUAAAUACGGGACAAUAGAUUACAGCAAGUGGCAGAGGGUAGAAGCAAAAAAAAAGAAACCAGCUUUGCCACCUAUCGCAUCACCAAGUGAGGACAAGAAAAGUGAAGGGCGCUCCACUGGCUGCCAGAAAGACAAGCGGUCAGUUUUAUUCAGUCCCAGUUCAUCCUUGCCUUCAAAGACAGCAUCCUCUCUGAAUCCCAGAUUUGCUCAGCAGAAAACCUCAGCAAAGGAGACUGAUGUAACUAAAAGCUUGGAGAACAUCAAAAUUAUUAAGAAACUGACGAAGUCAAAGAGAAAGUCCCUAAAUGAGCUGAAGCAUCACAGCACCACCCUUGUAGAGACCAACAGGAGACUGGCCCAGGACAUUCAGCAGACAGAUGCCAGUACUGCCAAGCAUGCCAGAGACCUGCUGCAGCAGUAUGAGAUGUUUGGGACAGUCAUCUCGACCCUUCGGGACUCCAAUCAGAAUCAAGUUGGCAUAGCAAGAGCAGAACUCCAAGAAACAGAAAAAAUGGUGGAAAAGAACCUGAGGAAACUAAAACAUCAGGUGGAUCACAUGAACACUAAGGUGCAAAUGCUCCAGGAAGAGCUCAAUGUUUUACGAACAUACAUGGACAAGGAGUACCCGGUGAAAGCUGUCCAGAUAGCCUUUAUGCGUCGCAACAUCCGAAACCUGAAGGAAGAACAGCAGGACGAAAUGGAAGAUAUAGAAGAUCUGGCCAAAACAGUAAUACAGCAACUGGAAAAGAAGGUGCAAGAUGAGAAGGAACGGAUAUUACAGGCUGUUGCAAAGGACAAGGCGUUUCUCUAUCAGGAGGGGCUGAAGCAGAUGGCUGUCAACAAUCGGAUACUCAGGAAUGAAGUCCAAAUGCAAAAGAAGGUCAUUCACAUGCUGUUGGAAGAAAUCACAGAGCUCCGAAAGAGCAUUGUGACACUUCGCUGGAGCGUGAGAGACCCAAGAGAGGUGAUCUUCGCCGACGUCCUGCUCCGCAGGCCCAACUGUCACAGAAGCCUGGAUUGAAGGUGUCACGAAACAGAACCAGAAUUAAUAAGGAUGUUAAUACACAAACUAGUGGUCACGUUUCAUCUUACUGCGUUUCUCCCACUGUGUGCUGGAAAGUGGAUGUAACUGACAAGGCCCUGCUGCUGUGAAGCUUUUCCCUCUGCGUUUGUCUGUUGGGCUUGAAGGAGAGUCGCAGCUAAAUACAUUGUUCUGUUUUCAUAAACCCACUGCCGCCAUCUGACUAGGGCUUGGUUAUCCUGUGCAUGCUAUCCAGGAAAUAGCUAUGCAGCAGGGCUCAGGCUUCGAUUUACAAUGUGUAAUCCUCCCAUCGGAAGAGAGGAGAUGGCCAGUCUGGUUAAUGCCACAAUGGGCUCUGCAGGGUGAGUCAGAGCUAACGUCUAGCACGGCUGCUGUGGGCUGGGUCGCUGCUCUGGGCUCUGGCUCACGCACGAGAACCCAAUAUAGCUUUAAAGGGCUGCUGUCCUCUGAGCAAGUCUGGGGUUCUGGUCCUACCCCUCCUCUCACCCUCUAAUAGCAAAUGGUGUCUGAGUAGUGGACAAGGGAUGUCCAGGCCCUUGAGUUACCAUUUUGCUGUACAGCAUGUCUGAGAAGUGUCAUGUGUUUCUGGCCCUGAUUGCACCAGGAUUUCUCUUCCCCACCACCUCACUCCCAAAGACUCACUUGAUCUGAAUUGAGGCAAAGUUCUUGUUUCCUUGGCUAUGGUUUGACUUUCUCCUUAUUGCUCUCUCCUCUCUCUGCUCAGAUGCCUGCCAGAUACAGAGAUUGUUCUCAAUAUCCCCUUAGAGGAGAAGGUUUUCAUUUAGUCCCAGAAACUUUGGACCUGAAGUGGAAAGGUGGGUGGAUGGGCCAGGCCUUGCCCACAGAGCUAUGUCAUCAUAGAACCAGCUGGGCCAAGAACAGGAUGGGGAGCUGUACAACAAAUCGCCCCCUCGUCAUAGACAAGUUCUCCCAACCAUCCCAGUUCUCAGGAAGUUCUGCUCUGCGCCGCUUUUGUUUUGUCAGGACAAGUUCCAUCACAGAACAAUAUGCAGGACUUAUUGUGUCAUCAUCAUGCCAGAUCCAAGCUGGGUAAAAGCCAGAAAACUGCCAUCUCUCUAGAAGGUGCAAAAUUCUAUUAAAGCAGCCAGGUGUGAUCCAAAACAGGGAUUCGUUGAUGAAGGUCACUAUUGUCAACAGCCCUUCCCCAGUCUCACAUUCUUACAGAGCUACCACGUGUCAUUGGUGUCAGCCAGCUACCGGUAAAACAUCACAGUUCCACUUGGUCAGGUAAUUCUGGGUGUAAUUCUCCUGAAGCCCGGGGGAGUUCCAGCAGAACCAGUUUGGCCUUUUUAUCCUUCCCAGUGAAACUACUUUGUACAAGAUGUUUUAUCGAUAUUUUGAUUUCUGAUGAGCUGAAGCCCAGACCCAGGAUGAGGUCUUUAAUAAUGGAACAAUGAGGAACUGUCACUAAGUGCCCUCCAGCAGCUGCCUGUCAGAACAAUUGUAUCUGCUAUACCAGAUGUCAGUUCAGGGGGACAGAAUGGUGACACAGGAUCAGGAUCUUCCACUUCCAGUGUUCCGUACAAAUGCUUGCAGUUCCUUGCGGCAGGCGUGACAGUAGACCAUCCCAUCUCAGCUGCGUCUUGCUUAUGGUUGAAUGGUUCUGACAGUAUUCAGUCGGGGAAGUCUACCAGUUGAUGGAGAACUGUGUAGCAUGUUUUAACCUGCAACUUUCAAUCUACAUUUUGAAAUAAAAAUUAAGUGGGUCUUUAA